CUUAUUCCCACCCUCUUCCCUUCCAUCUUCCUUAUUUUCUGCAUCUUCAAAUUUUGAUCACAUAUUCCUCUUAAAAAUUAUUUUACACCCGAUAUUGUUUGGUGAGAUCUAUAAGAAAUAAUUAAAAUGGCAAGUACACCUGAAAAGAAGAGAUCAAGCUUCCCCCCAAAAAGAGGGCAAAUCAAAGCCGAAAUAUUUAACGGCUUAGCGAGCUCCGUGGUGUCCACGGUGUCCAUGGUGGGGGAAUCGCUUCGAAACAUGAUUGGAAACCGUGGCACAUCACCAUCUUCUUCCUCUACUUCUACCCCACCACCAAGUGCCUACAAUUCUGAGGGCAACAACGACGAUGUCUCCUAAGACCACUACUACAACAUCUCAUUCUACAUAUACCUGUGGCUUAGACCAAUGUUUUUGCUGGUUGAGCAAACCACAAUUUUAUUUUGUUUUCUCUUUUAUUUUAUAAAUUAAUGGUCUUGUUAAGUUUUUAUAUAAACAGGUCCUGCUGGAACUCUGCUAGUUUAGUUUACCCUUGUAACCCUUUUUUUUUUCCCUUUAAGAUUUAACGUCUUCAUAUAUGUAUUUUACCUUAUAUAUGAAAUAUGAUGUACUACUA